GUCUCACCAUGAAACUCGGGCUCCAGCUCUUCCUCCUCUCUCUCGUCACCUCGGCGGUGUCGGGGAGGCGCGAGGAACCCGGGGGCCUCGUGGAGAACGGGGGGAGAUCCCCGCCGGCCGAAGGGCAGUGGGCGCCCCUCGACCUCGGCAACCUCAGCCUCCCGGCCGACUUCCACAGGGAGAACACGGUGACCCACGACCUGCUGGUGGAGGAGGAGGAGGAGGAGGACUACCUGGACCUGGAGAAGAUCUUCAGCGAGGACGACGACUACAUCGACAUCAUCGACGCGGUCGCCCCCCCGGACCCCGAGGCCCAGCCCGGGAACGUCCUGGAGCUGUUCCAAGGCAAGAGCCGGAUCCAGCGCCUCAACAUCCUCAACGCCAAGUUCGCAUUUAACCUCUACAGGACCCUGAGGGAGGCGGCCGGCCCCGGCGACAACAUCCUCCUGGCGCCCGUGGGCAUCUCCACGGCCAUGGCCAUGAUCUCCCUGGGCCUGCGGGGGGCCACCCACGAGCAGGUGCACGCCGCCGCCUUCUUCCGGGACUUCGUCAACGCCAGCAGCAAGUACGAGACCCAGACCGUGCACAACCUCUUCCGCAAGCUGACCCACCGCCUCUUCCGGAGGAACUUCGGCUACACGCUGCGCUCGGUCAACGACCUGUACGUGCAGCGGCGCGCCCCCGUGCUGGAGGACUUCCAGAACAAGGUGCGCGAGUUCUACUUCGCCGAGGCGCGGCCCGCCGCCUUCUCGGAGCCCGCCUUCAUCGCCAAGGCCAACCACCACAUCCUGAAGGUCACCAAGGGCCUCAUCAAGGACGCGCUGGUCAACAUCGACCCGGCCACGCAGAUGAUGAUCCUCAACUGCAUCUACUUCAAAGGCACCUGGGUGAACAAGUUCCCCGUGGAAAUGACGCACAACUCCAAUUUCCGCCUGAACGAGCGAGAGGUGGUCAAGGUUCCCAUGAUGCAGACCAAGGGCAACUUCCUCGUGGCCAACGACCAGGAGCUGGACUGCGACGUGCUGCAGCUGCAGUACGUGGGCGACAUCAGCAUGCUGAUCGUGGUGCCCCACAAGCUGGCGGGCAUGAGGGCGCUCGAGAGCCAGCUCAGCCCGCAGGUGGUGGAGAGAUGGCAGAAGAGCAUGACCAACAGAACCCGCGAGGUCCGCCUGCCCAGGUUCAAGCUGGAAAAGAACUACAACCUCGUGGACGCCCUCAAGGCGAUGGGCAUCACGGCGCUGUUUGAUCACACCGGGGACUUCUCCGGGAUAUCCGACCAGAAGCUCGCCAUUGACUUGUUCAAGCAUCAGAGCACCAUCACGGUGAACGAGGAGGGCACGCAGGCUGCCGCCGUGACCGCGGUGGGCUUCAUGCCCCUCUCCACGCAGGUGCGCUUCAUCGUCGACCGCCCCUUCCUGUUCCUCAUCUACGAGCACCGCACCAGCUGCCUGCUCUUCAUGGGCCGCGUCUCCAAUCCCAGCAGGUCUUAGGGGGGAGGCUGGGACGCACCCGAGGGGAACCCGUUCGGGAUCGGCCACGGCCCCGGGACGUCUGUCGGGAAGGAAGUCACAGCUCGUGGGAGCGGUGUGGGAGCCACUGUAGCAAACGGUCCCGACCCCAGCGGAGCCGUGUGCGCCCCAUAUGUGCCCGCGCGCUGCCAGGGAACACAUUAAAGCGUCCUCAAGGAGCCGA